AUGGGACAAAAUCACAGCCAAAUGCUGACGUUCGAGCCGGUCGUGGCCAACUCGGCCCCGCUGCAGCCACGCGCGCUCGCAACCCCGGCCGCCACACACACGUGGUGCGCGCUCCCCGAACCGGGCGGCGACGCCGCAGGCGCCGCAAGCGCGCUCGCGGGCGCCGACGAGCUCGCGGCCGCCAACGCGCUCGCGGCCGCCCGCGCGUUCGCCGCCGCCGGAGCCUCCAUGGAGGCAAAGCGUGCGGCAGCAACAGCCCAAGACGACGGCGGCCGCGAGCCCUUCGGACUGGGCCCAGAGCUAUGGGACGACGCGCCGACUCCUGAGCUGCGCCGCAUCGCCGCGCUGGCCAGCCGCCUGUGCGGCGCGCGCGCCGCCGCCAUCGCCCUCGCCGGCCUCGGCGGUCGCGCCCGCGUGUGCCUCUGCGCCGACGGCGCGGGGCGCGCGGCGUGGCCACCGCGGGGCGGCUGGGAGCAGCUCGCGGCCGACGCGUGGGCGCUCGCGUCGGGGCCGGCGGCCGCGGCGCCUACCUUUAUCCUGGACGCCGCGAAAGACAGCCGGUCGUCCUCCCUGCCUUCAGUCCUGAAUGGCCACAUAAGGUUCUUCGCAUGCGCCCCCUUCUUUGAUGACAACGGCCUCUGGAUGGGCGCCAUCUGCUGCUGCGACCCCGAGCCGCGCGCGGAGGUGGGCAUGGCGCACCAGCAGGCCCUUGAGUACUUUGCUGAGCAGGCGCUGCGGGAAGUCGAGGAGCAGCUGCUGCCGUCGGCAGCGCCCGCGGCCCCGAGGGCCCCGCUCGGGCAGUUGGGCCGCCAGCCGCGCGCCGCGCCCGCCCGCGGCGGCCGCCGCCACUCGAUCAGCGAAAACAGGGCAUCCGUUGCGCCCGUGCCGCUCGGCGGCCGCCGCUUCUCGUUUGGGGAGGACCUUUCUCGCGGCAGCCGCCGCAUGUCUUUCGGCGAGGACUGCGCGCGCUGCGCGGCCGCGCGGCGGCCGUACAUCUGCGAGGAGUGGGCGCAGUAUGAGCAGGAGGGCGACAAUCGGGCGAGCAGCAGCUUCUCGCUGAGGAGCGAGGCUGCAUUUGACAGCUGGCGCCUGGGGCUGCCCGGCGGCCCCGGUUUGUGCCUGGACAGCGCCAGCCGGCGCUCCUCAUUUUCCAGCUAUGGCUGCAGCAGCAGCAGCGCUGCGGUCGCCGCCGCCCUCGGCUGCGGCGCCGCCGUCGCCGGCAGCUCCAGCGGCGCCGCGGGCGCGCGGGCGGCGCGCACGCCGCGGCGGCUGUCGCUGUCGGGGGACGACGCUGUGGCGCAGCUGCGGCUGGGGGCCGUGCUCGGCGCGGGCACCUUUGGCAGGGUGUACAUGGGCACCUACCACGGCGCCCCUGUGGCGGUCAAGGCCCUGGACACGGUGACUCAGCGCGACUCGCAGUCCGGCGUCGCCCUGGAGGCGGAGCUGUCUGCGGCGCUGUCGCACCCCAACAUAGUCCGCACCCUCGCGUGGCACGAGGCCAACGGCCAGACCUGGCUGGUGCUGGACUACGCAGACAAGGGCACCCUGCAGGCCGCGGUCGACGGCGGGGCCAUGCGCGGCACGGGCGGCAAGGACCGCGGCGGCGCCCCCGGCGGCUUUGAUCUGCUGCCUGUACUUUCGACAGCCAGAGAGAUCGCGUCCGGCAUGGCGUAUCUCCACGCCCUGGGCAUUCUGCAUUGUGACCUCACAGCAUCGAACGUGCUGCUCAGCGGGCGCGCUGCCAGCGACACGGACGCGCGCGGCUUCGUUGCACAGAUCUCAGAUUUCGGGCUUUCGCUUGUGCUGGAGGAGGGCCAGGAGAGCGUGACGGCGUCAGACCACGGGGCCGCCACGGCCAUGGCGCCAGAGGUGCUGUCGCAGCGGCUGGUGUCCAAGGCCGCAGACGUCUACUCAUUCGGGGUGCUGCUCUGGCAGAUCUGCACCGGCGAGCAGCCCUGGCGUGGCAUGACGAGGGCGACGCUCCUGCAUGCCGUGUGCGUUGAGCGGCGCCGCCUCGAGUUUGGGCCGGCCUCAGACGUCCCAGAGUGCCUGCAGCUUCUGGCGGCGGCCUGCAUGGCGCACGACCCCUGCGACCGCCCCACGUUUGGGGACAUCCUCGAUAUACUGCAGCCCCUGGGCCAGCUCUUCCCAGGCGGUGCGUGA